GGUAUCCAAAACCUAUUCAAGAAAAAAGUAAAGAUAAAGAUCCAACUGAAGGAACAUUCAUGUUAUCAGUCAUCUAAAUUUUGAUCAUUCUAGUUUGUUAUGGCAUUUGAAAUCGUACAUUCUGUGUGCUUAGGCUAAACGUCACAAGGAUUACAAGACCAAAGACAAAAAGGGCAAAGACACUCAAACAACCCCGAAAAAACAUUUCAAGACGUUGAAAUUGAAGAGUUCAGAGAGGUUCAAUGCACUUCUAUGCAGUUUCUAUUUUUCUAUCCAGUCACUUCACAAUUAUUUAAGAGCAGUAGUUGUUCAGCUGUCUAAUUGUGUUUGUGUAACCAUGUGUAGUUUGACCACAUAUUGCUGGGUUGUACCUGCUGGCGGUGAGGUGCCUCUGAAGAUCUGGUUCUACUCUGAAUCACUCGGAGUUUUUGAACAGGUCUUCAACUUUGAGACAGUGGGGAGCCGCAAACUUUACCAACUCAAAUGCAGAGGAAUUUGCACCUAUCCCUCCAUCUCCACAGACUACCAGAUUGUUUUUGUUCAGUCUAAGAAGGUACCACAAGAGAAAGAAGGCCUUCAGAAGACCUAUGUAAUCAGACCUGGUUACUUUGAGUUUGGGCCUUUACUUUGCAGCAAAACUAGAGACAGGUAUAAGAAAAACACAUAUCCAGAAAACUCUGAGAGGCUGGACAUUUGUAACGACUCUGGCAUGGAGGCAGAGGUCAUGUUCAGUUUCCAACAUGACACUCAGGGCACAACGUAUCUGCUAGAUCCCUCUACAAUGACUCUCUCACCAGGACAGAAAGAAGUGCUGACAGUCUAUGCAUAUCCGACAAAACGGGGACAGAUAAAAGGCAGCAUAAUUUGUAAUAUCAAGGACAUUCCUGAGCCUGUGACCAUCCAAAUCUCUUGCUGGGGCGUCCGACCAGAACUCGAGCUGGACAGCACCCAUUUAAACUUCGGCAAGAUUCUGCUGCACAAGAAAGACAGUCGUGGCAUCAUGAUGGUUAACAAGACUGUUUUGCCACUAUCUUGGAUGCUUCAGGGCUUGGAAACCUUGGGUGACGAGUUUGUAGUGCCACAAGAUCAAGGAGUCAUCCAGCCAAACUCCUGUUGCCCUCUCUGUGUGGAGUUCAAGGCCAGGAAGCCAGUCGUUAAGAAAAUCUUGCGUCUCGAGGACCUGACUGUCAGCCCAUUAGGCGAGAUGAAGCUGAAAUCUUGUGGAGGCUCCUGCAAGCUGCAGAUUCAGUUUUCACCUCAGCAGCACAUUGCUCCUUUUUCUGUCGCGCUGCAGGCCGAGUUCAAAGGGUUCUUCCACCACCUGCUGACCAUUGAGGGCUGUUACAAGCUCAGUGACGACAUCAGAUACGAGAACCUGUUCUGCUUCAUCGACGGUUCCCCACUUAUUAAAUUGACGGUCACAGGUUCCUGCGUCCCACCUUCCAUCAGCAAAGAGUCACACUUCUAA